GUCCGAGAGCUGCUCGGCUUCGCUUUCGCUUCGCUCUGUCGGCCGGGGCGGCCUGGGCCCGGAGCCGGCGGGGAACGUGCUGUGCCCCGAUCGCUGCCCCACGGAGGGACGGAGAGGGCUCCGGGCACAGCCCUCUCCAAAGCCCAUCUAUGUCGCCGCGCCUGCUCCGGGCGCUGGGCUGGGGCUCGCCGGCCGUGCUGGGACUGCUGACGGUGGCCGUCUUCGUCCUGGUCCUGAUCCCGGCAAAGGAUGCUGUCCUUCCUACCAGGAUCAAAUACGGUCUGGUGUUUGAUGCUGGCUCCACACACACGUCCCUCUACAUCUACCGGUGGCGGGCGGACAAGGAGAACGGCACGGGCAUUGUCUCGCAGGUGGAGGCCUGCUCGGUGUCCGGACCUGGCAUCUCCAGCUACGCAGACAACCCCGCGGGGGCUGGCGCCAGCCUGAAGCCUUGCCUGGAUAAGGCCAUGAAGAUCGUCCCGGCCGAGCAGCAGCGGGACACCCCCACGUACCUGGGGGCCACGGCCGGCAUGCGGCUGCUGAGGGAGGAGAACAGCAGCAAGGCCGAGCAGGUCUUGGCCGAGGUGUCCAAGGCCAUUGGGGAGUACCCUGUGGAUUUCCGCGGAGCUCGCAUCCUGACGGGCAGCGAGGAGGGCUCCUUUGGCUGGAUCACUGUCAACUACCUGCUGGAGACACUGGUCAAGUUCUCAUUUGCAGAGAGAUGGGAACAUCCGCAGGACACCGAGGUUCUGGGAGCUCUGGACCUUGGCGGUGCCUCGACGCAGAUCACCUUCCAGCCCGGGGUCCCUGUGCAGGACAGGAACACGUCCGUGUUCUUCCGGCUGUACGGUGCCAACUACUCCCUGUACAGCCACAGCUACCUGUGCUACGGGCAGAGCCAGGCCCUGAAGAUGCUGCUGGCAGCUCUGCACCAGGCCGGCUCCAGCACCCGGAUCUCGCACCCCUGCUACCCGCGGGGGUAUCAGGAGAACCUCACCGUGGCAGAGCUCUACAACAGCCCCUGUGUGCGUGCGCCAAGCUCGGCCAGCCCUGGCCUUGUCCUCACAGUGACGGGGACAGGGGACCCAGCCGCCUGUGUCACAGCCAUCCAGAGGCUCUUCAACUUCAGCUGCGGGGCGCAGUGGCCGUGCGGGUUCAAUGGGGUCUAUCAGCCCCCCGUGCGGGGACAGUUCUUCGCCUUCUCGGGGUUUUAUUACAUCCUUCACUUUCUGAACUUGACAGAAGGGCAGUCCCUGAGCCUGGUCAAUGCCACCAUCACGCAGAUCUGCAACAGCAGCUGGGAACAGGUGCAGGAGUUGUUCCCCAGGGCGAGCAGGACCCAGCUCCGUGACGCCUGCACAGCCAGCUCCUACAUCCUCACCCUUCUCCUGCAAGGCUACAAAUUCAGCCAUGCAACAUGGCCAAACAUCCACUUUGUCCAGCAGGUUGCUAACACAGAUGUGGGCUGGACUCUGGGCUACAUGCUCAAUCUCACCAACAUGAUCCCCUCGGAGCCUCCCGCAGCAGUCACAGAGCUCCUGAGAAGCACCUGGGUAGCAGCCACGGUUCUGCUGGCCAUCAUGCUCAUCCUCACCUUCUGCCUGCUCACAGCCACGUGCUGCCAGAGAAACUCCUCGGGCUAUGAGCAGCUGUAGCAGCGCUGGGUCCAGAGGCUGCCGAGGCCACCGAGUCCUGCUGCCACACCUCUGCAAGGAGCUGCUUCCCAGGAAUCACCCGUGUGCCCAGAGGCCACAGACUUGUCCUGGGGGGCUCUGAGUCCUGGCCUGAUGAGCUGGAACUGGCAGAGCUGUAAAACACCCUCCUCAUAGCUGUGUGCUCUCCCGUUCUCCUUUCCCUGUGCUGCUGGUUGGAGAUGCCCCAGGAGGGAGGGCUCGGCCAUGCAGGGCAGGGGCUCAGCACUGGGGCCUGGGGCCACCGUGCUGUGGGUGGCUGGAAAUGGGAAUUAGGGGGUCCUGGCAGCAGUGGGACUGUCACAGGGCUGGUUACAGUCCACAGCAGAAACCCCGGGUGGGACACACACGUCCUGCCCCAUCCCAGGGCCAGGUCUGCAUCUCCCACAGGCAGCGCCAGCCCCAGGGGAUGUGGCACUGGGGAUGUGGGGGGCACUGGCCUGCUAGACAAGGCUCUGCCUAGGACUGGCAAGCCCUGUGAGGGGGAGAUGGCACAGCCCCUUCCUCUCCUGCAUGAGGUUCCUCUCCAGUCCAGCUGCACCCCGUGGCCCGUGGCUGGCACACAGCUCAUCUUCCCUUUCCAACACGGUGACUUGGGAACAUGGCUGGGACAUGGCAGAGGCACUUCCCAGGGCCUCCCCUUACAUUUUUGGGGAGUCCCACUGGCAGCCAAGUGAUGGGUGAAUUGAGACACCUCCUCUGAGAAGGAACAGGCCUGUCCUUGUACCCUGUUGGCUCCAUUCCAAGGUCCAGCAGUGUCUCCAGGGACACCUCCUGUAGAUUCGUUGCCUUUCCCCUGAGUCUCCGUCAUCAGCAGCCCUUACUUGGGAGACGGAAGUAAUAAAAUCACAACGAUUUGGG